AUGGCGACAUCCCAAGAAAAGUUGGAUCGUACCUUCGACACCGAGAAGGAUGCUGGGUCGCUAUAUGAGACGCCGAAGUGGAGCCAGAAUGGGUCACGAUUGCACAACCGUUUGGCGCAGAAGUUGCUGAGUUGGGGCGUAGAGGAACGAGGUAUCCUGCCGGUACAGCCAGAAGAGCGAACAGACACCCACUACAGUAAAAUAUUCUUCAUAUGGUUAUCGUUCAACUUCAACAUUCUAUCAUUCUCUGCGGGCACAUUAGGCCCCGUGGUUUACGGCCUCAGCCUGCGAGACUCAUGUCUCGUUAUCUUAUUCUUCAAUCUAUUGUGCAGCGCUUUACCUGCGUAUUUGACAACCUGGGGACCUAAGCUCGGCCUCCGCCAGAUGUGCCAAGCCCGAUACAGUUUCGGGUACUUCGGCGUUAUCAUAGCCAGUGUGAUCAACCUGGCUGUGAUGUGCGGAUACUGUAUUUUGAAUUGCAUCCUUGGAGGGCAGACACUGUCAAGCAUCACGAAUGGAAAUCUAUCUUGGACGGUCGGAAUAGUCAUCAUUGCUGUCAUCUCUCUACUUGUUUCGUUUUGUGGCAUGAAAGUCCUUACAUGGUAUGAGCGCCUUGCUUGGAUCCCAGUACUCGUCGUCUACGUCGUGGCACUCGGCCUUGGUGGCAAACACUUGGGCAACCCCCCACCUGCGGAACCCGCUACAGCUUCCUCCAUUUUGACUUUCGCAUCCACCGUCGCUGGCUUUGUCAUCACUUACGCACCACUGGCGUCCGAUUACACUAUCUACUAUAUACCCGAUGCUCCAAGUUGGAAGUUGUUCAUAUACUCCUUCCUAGGAUUCAACGCAUCGAUCGUACCCAUCCAAUGCCUAGGCGCGGCCGCGGCUAUAGUAGCGACCAAUGUCCCUUCAUGGAACGCCGGCUACGCGGAUGGCAAUGUCGGGGGGCUGCUCGAAGCUAUGCUCAGUCCCUCGGGAAACUUCGGGAAGUUCCUCACAGUGCUCCUGGCGCUGAGUGUGACCGGCAACAUCGCGCCAACGCUGUACUCGUUUUGCCUCUGCUUCCAGGUGUUUAUCCCACCGAUGGUUGCCGUGCCGCGGUACAUGUUCUCCCUUUUAGCAACUGCUAUCAUCAUUCCCUUGUCCAUCGUCGGACAACACAAAUUUUAUGACGCUCUCAGUAAUUUCCUAGGGCUCAUUGGGUACUGGGCAAGUGCGUUCGGCGCCGUCAUUCUCAUGGAGCACCUCGUCAUCCGCCGGGGCAACUUCUCCUCAUACGAUUUACGCUACUGGAACAACUACCACAAACUGCCCACAGGCCUCGCGGCUAUCGGCGCGUGCAUUCUUGCGGUUAGCUUGAUCGUCCCGUCGAUGAACCAGGUGUGGUUCGUCGGGCCGUUCGCGAAGACAUCGGGAGACAUUGGAUUCGAGGUCGCGUUUGCGGCGACAGCAUUAUUCUAUCCUCCGUUACGGUACUUAGAACUCAGAUUUAGACCGUUGGUAUGAGACAAGUUCACGCAAAAGACACAUGAUAUCGCUUGUAAGCUAUGUGCAGUGGACAAGAAGCAAUUAUACGGAAGAUCUCGUUUAUUGAUCUAAUAUGAUUAGGGGCCGGACUUCAUGAU